GAUUUCACAUACUGUAAUACUAUUGUGUAACAGUUACCAAAAAAAGCUAAUAAAUAUUAACGUACUGUUCGAAAUGUUCAAAAAAACUUUGUUACAUGGAAGUUCUACCGUUUGUUGAUGACCGAUAAGACGUUGACUCGUUUCUGUGUGGUUUUUAAGUACGAGGACGAGGUCAAUAAUCGGGAAAUAUAAAAUAUGAAUGCAAGUGACAGAUCUGAAAUAGUCUACAGUGUGGUGGAAGAGCUGCAUAGUGCUGUGUUCGCAUCCUUUCCAAACGCCUCCUCCAAAGGUGGUCCCACGACUCGGCCACAGCCGUGACUGUUGGUAUAUAUUAUAGUCUUGUUUGGUGUUAUUACUUAUCAUGCAUAAUAUUAUGCGGUUGUACCGUUCGGCAGACAACUGCCCCAAGACCAAGUAAGUAAACGCCCACGACGGUCUGACAUUUCAGUUUUGUGUUAAAGAUAAACUAUGUAAUACUAUACUGGUGUUCCGCGUGCCCUGACGUCACUUGAAAAUUACUGCGAUUAGAAACGUGGGCACCAUAAAACUUACAAAUACCGUACGGGACACUCGCGAUUCGCGUACCCGUGACCUCAGCCAGUCCCCUCCCCGAGGGUGUCAGAGGAGGACUUAAUGCUUGCGACCAGUACAUCAUCAUUUAUAUCUAUAUAACUUCAGGUGAGACGCGCGUGCCCGAUCAAUUGUCACGGAACCGUUGUGCCAACCGGUUUUGCACUCAUGAAUUUUCCUAUUAAUUAAUCAGUUUGAUUUUUAAGAUUUUUAUUUCCAAUAACACUCGGUGCCGUUUUUAACGUGAGUCACAAGUUAAGGCCUCAAGUCGAUCACCUUUCAACCCGGUGGAUAACACUUGGUAGAAAUACAAACCAAUUUGGAAUUCAAAAUGGAAAGUACAUCCAAAAUGCUAUUGGUUGUAAUUGCUACAUUUGUGGCUGCUGUUUCGACUUAUCCUAGCAAACCAUCUUUUCUUGGUUGCGUUGGUCCAGAUGACUGCGGAGUUGAUGAAUGCUGCGUAAUAGGUAUGAAUAGAUACAGCGUUCCAACGUGUAAACCAUUGGCUAGUGUAGGAGACACAUGCCGCCAGUCAGAAGAACCACAUAACAUUACUGUUUCGUAUCCAGAUGGGUCUUCUGCCGAUAUUAGUGCCCACUUCGUUAUAUGUCCAUGCGCUGUAGGUUUGGAGUGUUCUGACCUUACCAGUACUUGUUUGGGACUGGAAGGCGCCGGCAAAUUGUUGCUAAGAGAAGAUUAUACUGACAUAGACGAUAUUAAUAGGCUAUAAAAUUAUAUACAUAUUGCAGAGAUCUACAGUUAAUUAUCAGCUAUUAAGUAUCUAUUUAAAUCAAUGUAUACGUAAAAAUAUGUGUAUUGAUAUAAUGUUCAAUUAUACAUUAUUUAUCGUGUAUAGUAUUACUUAUUAAUUAGCAUCGUAAAAUUAUGUACAUAUAUAAUUAUAUUUUAUUUAUUAAGCUGUUAAAUAGAUAUAAAAUUCAAUUAUUGAUUUAAUA